GCCAAAAGUAGGAGAUGGGCGGUACAGGGAAUUCCGUAGGGCGAAUAAGAUUGUGAGUUCAAAGAGGGGGCGACGUGAGGCCGAGUGAUUGCGUUUUAUUUCUUCCAGAGCAGAGUUAGGAGAGUUUAGGUCUGGAAAAUCAUGAACCAGAUACAGAAUUUGCUUUACGACUCCUUGAUAAAGACGCAGCACGUGGAGGCCGCAGCGCUCAUAAGGAUAAAAGAGGGGGCUGUGUUCCCUUCACCCCCACGCUUCCAGGUACAACCGCAGAUAAUGAAAACUAUAGUAGAUGCCUUUAAGAACCCAUCUGCACUAAGGAAAGAAGGGCUUCAGUUAUGGGACAAGAGCUACCACUGUGUGCGGGCUGAUAAAAAUUCCAUCUAUGCAAAAUGUGAUGACGGGGGACUUGUGUUGGUAAAGACAAAGUCAAAUAUCCUGCUUGCAACUUACCGGGAUGGCAUGUACCCCAGUGUGUGCGUGGAGGCCGCUGAGACAUUAGGUUCUUAUUUCAGAGAGAAAGAAAUCUGAUCUCCAAAUAAAACUACAGGGGAUGAAGAUUCUCAGCUGCUAAUAGGACUGUUUGGCUGCAGGUCAUUACCAGUGACGUCCCAUAGCAUCACUGUUUUAUACAUAUACAGCGUACAAUGAAUGUGUCAUUAUCUGUCGUUUAUAAAACCAUGGCAAUACAUUGCAGUCAUCUCAUUGUUACUAAAUACUCUUAGAAUACACAACAGCCGUGGAUAUCCUGCAGUGAUGUCAUCAUUUGUAAUCGGUGCUUAGUGAUGUGAUUUGUGUCACAUGACUUACUGAAACUUGUGUAUAAUGUUCCAUAAUCUUUAAGAAAGCACUUGCCCUGCAGCCUCAUUCCUCUAUAUGGUGAUGGAACCCCUCAGUGGGGCUCACUGGGCAAAUUUCCCAGUGGGCAGUAACCCAUAGCAACCAAUCUGUGAUUGGCUUUUUUCAGCCUGCUACAGGUAGAACAAUGAAAGCAAUUAUUUGAUUGGUUGACAUGGGUUACUGCACAUGGGCAAAUAAUGCUAAUAUUUUACAACUGGGGGUACAUUAAUUCUUAGCACAUGUAUAAUCCAAGUUCCUGCAGUCAGUCUUUUUUAUGUUCCCCUGUGUGCCAGAGAUAUACUUCCCCACGUGCCCUGCUUGUAGGUUCUGAAUUCCUUCAUCAGACCCACUGGCAGCAUCCUCCACUGACUCUCAGCAAAGCACAGAGGAGACUGUGCAAAAACAUUUUUGCUGCACAACCUGUGCUUUUAUCAUAAUUAAUUCUCUGCAUUUUAGAUGUUAAGCAAACUAAUAAUGGCUUGGCCCCUCCCUAUCACCCUUCCGAAUGCCAAGUGUGUGCUGCCAAACAAAACAACAUGGAAUGUAUUUGUCAGUAAUUCACAAUAAAUUAAGCCACAUGUACGUCUGCAAGUGUAGGGAGCAAAGUGCAAUUUUGAGCACAAUCACCAUUUUUUUCCCUCAAAAUGCUGAGUUUUUUUUUCCCAGGAUUCCCACAUCAUUGUGGUCACAAAGGGUAAAUGCCCUUGAUGCAAUUGUGCUUUAUUGCAAAUUGCUUCAAAUAUUUUCCAUUCGCUCCAGGAUUCCACCCCCCCAGCGCAGCAGCACUUAAUUCAGAAUUCAGUGCAGGAAAUGUAACUAUACAGACGUUCAAGGAGCACAUUUGGACACAAGUACCUUUAAUAAAAGUGGUUUUAUGUGCAACUGACUGUGGGAAAACUGCGGGGGCCACAACUGCACUUGCAGACAUCUUGAGCCCUUUAUUUCAUAGUUAACUGGCUUUCUUUGUUUACUCCUUUUGUUGCUAUAAGAUCAGUCAACCAAUGGGAUGAAAACUCUGUUGAUGUGAUUUCAUUUGGUACUUUGUAAUAAAUCAUGUUGUACGAUAAA